CGCUGGUAAUCCAUCAGCUUGAGAAUGAGCAGAUCCCGGUGGAUAUUCCUCGUCAUCUAACCUACACGUCCGCGGACUCUUAUUGAUCUUGAAUGGGCUUCCUCCUGUCCUGUCGAGAUGACCCACCCUCCGCGAUGGCUAGCGAAUCAGGCAAUCGACCAGAUGGACGAGAAGAUGUACGACCCUGUUCGUCGUGAGUUCCUAGAUGUUUUGGAGAAAACCGAGCAGGAGCUUUCCAUUCAACCUCGAGACAGACUUUCCGCUGUCAUGAAACAAGCAUGGGAAAUGGGUACUUUUUGGUAUACUCUGGCUGUUCGCAGUCCAACAGGGCUUGUUCGAGUAUUUUACGAUCAUAUCCAGCCGAUACUCGCCGACGAGCACGAAGAGAACGAUGAGUUUUAUACAAUUAUGAUGGAAUAUUGGACUGUUCAGACAAGUGCAUUCAUCAAUAAGAAACUAGCAGAUAAGAAAGACUAUGAUAGGCAGCUCCGUCAGGCGUUUGAGGACAGCAAAAGCCAUCUGGACCGAGAUCUAGAUCUAGCAAUAUGUCACGAAUAA